CAAUGACAGCUGUGCUUGGUUGUGACAGCUGUGACGUAGCCGCGCUCGCCUUCCUACGCACAAAGAGGUUGGCGCAGCACUGAACAUGGCGGAACGCGGUUAUAGUUUCUCUCUGACUACAUUUAGUCCCUCAGGCAAACUUGUACAGAUAGAGUAUGCUUUGGCCGCAGUAGCUGCAGGUGCUCCCUCUGUUGGAAUUAAAGCUGCAAAUGGUGUGGUGCUGGCAACUGAAAAGAAACAGAAAUCUAUACUAUAUGAUGAACAAAGUGUACAUAAAGUGGAACCAAUUACCAAACACAUAGGCAUGGUGUACAGUGGAAUGGGUCCUGAUUACAGAGUUCUUGUCCGGAGAGCCCGGAAACUGGCUCAACAGUACUACCUAGUGUACCAAGAACCUAUUCCAACAGCCCAGUUAGUACAGAGAGUGGCUUCAGUCAUGCAGGAAUAUACACAGUCUGGUGGUGUACGUCCAUUUGGAGUCUCGUUACUGAUUGCUGGUUGGGAUGAGGAACGGCCCUAUUUAUUUCAAUCAGACCCAUCUGGAGCCUAUUUUGCUUGGAAAGCAACAGCAAUGGGAAAGAAUUAUGUAAAUGGAAAGACUUUCCUUGAGAAAAGGUACAAUGAAGACCUUGAACUUGAAGAUGCCAUUCACACAGCAAUUUUAACGCUGAAGGAAAGCUUUGAAGGACAGAUGACAGAAGACAAUAUUGAAGUUGGUAUUUGCAAUGAAGCUGGAUUUAAGAGGCUCACUCCCACGGAAGUUAAGGAUUACUUAGCUGCAAUAGCAUAAGUGACCUUGAAGAUGUGGAAAGUUGAUUGAUGUAGGUUUUUUUUUUCUGCCUCUUAAGGAUUUAAAAUGGUUUAUUUGCAGAUUUUUUUUGCUUAUUUUCUUAUUUCUACCAUUCUGACCAGAUCUUUUUAAAAUUACAUGAGUCCAAUGUCACAAUAAACAAUAUCAAUUAGA